UUGUCAACAUUCCAACAAGCCUUCUUACAAGGUCUGCUAAAAAAAUUGUUUUCUACCAGUGACGAGAUAAAAUGGCUCCCAAGAAAGCCAAAGGUAAAAAGGAGGGUAAGGGAAAAGCAAAGGCUCCUAAACCACCACCAGAACCCUUGCCUCCGCCUGAAUUAUCAGACGAGGUAAAGGCCCUCAUAAAACAAAUUGAACAGCUCCAAAAAGAUGUGGAAACAGAAAUGAAGGCGAGGAACAAUUUCCAGUUGGAGGUGGACAUGCUUCGAACCUUCUGGGAGGUGACGGGCCAAGAGCUGGCGGAGACCAACGCAGAGUAUGUCAACCUGUUCAAUGAAAUCGAGAGAGACGAGCUCAGCCACAGACAGUACAUCAAAGAAUACCUGGGAGAAAUCAAGCUGUACAGGGAGGAUUUCAAAAAGCACCAGGAGGACUAUAAAAUCCAUGUGAGCCAGGUUGAGGAACUGGAGGUCAAGCCUUAUGAGAAGAAACGUUCUGAGAUGAUCCUAGACGAACAGCAAGACAUUGAGGACAUUGUCAACACGUUGAAGAACAAGAAUAACGAAGACAUGGCCAGGAGAGGACAGGAGAUGAAGGAACAGCUCCUUCAGACAGAGCAAAAGUAUAAGAAGAAGCUAGAGCUACUCCAACACGACCUGACCAACAAGGAGAAGACCAAACUUAGCGAGAGGGAGUACUACUGGAGCAGCCUCAUCCACAAUCUGCAGCAAGACCACGACAGGCGCUACAGUGAGUUUGACGCCUUCCUCGAUGACUGCAAGAAGAAAGACCUGCUCCAUAAAGACAAGCUAAAGAAGCAAAUCCAAGUCUUUGUCGCCACGGAGGAGAACAAAAACAAGCGCUUGGACGCGAAGGAUGUCAAGAUGAUAAAACUGGAGCAGAAGAAAGUCCAAUCUCAAAUUGUCAAACUCCAAAAAAUGAUGAGAAACCCCAUUAAAAAAACUCACCCCAAUGAGACAGUCAAAGGUUACGAGCUGAACCAGCUGAAGCGUGACUACGACUUGAGGGAUAAGAAGUUGAAGCAACUCGAGUGCGACAUGGACGAGAUGCGCAAGACGUAUCAGGAGAGAUUGCAGGAUAUCAAACAGAGAGCCGAUCAGGAAAACGCAGAGCUCCAAUCCAAACUGGAUGUAUUAUCUGAAAAACUUCAGAAGCUCCAAGCUGUGGUUUGCACUCGACUCUUCGGCAUCGACUUCUCAGCCAUAGGGGUACCCGACAAAAAAGUUGUGGACAAAACAGCUCUGGACUCACAGGAAGACGCUAGACAGGAGCACUGGAGCCGGAAAACCAGACUCAACCAGACAGUCAUCUGGCACCUACAAAAUGUCAAGGAGCUUCUUCAGCGAGACGUGGAGACCGCCAUCAAGGAGAGGUCGACUCUGAUCAAACUGAUCAACGAGAAGCUAGACGAAGUGUUCCAAGUCAAGCUGACCCUCCAAAAAAUCUCUUGUCAGAUGGAAAUGGCAACCAUGUCCAAAUCUGGUAAAGGCUGUCAAUAUAAUACUCCUGAACCAUUGGAGCCUCCAAUCCACCUCCAAGACGACCGAAGUCCUAUGGCCGGCCUAAUGGAGGAAAUCGUGAAGAUUGUUUGCAAAAAUCGCACGACCAAAACCCAAAACAAGUUCAGUACUUUGGUUUUUGACCAGAUACUGGACACGCAGCUGAGGAACAGCAAACAACUCUUGCAGAGUCACGCCGAGAUGGCCAGCAAAAGGCGGACGCAGCUAAUUCUGAUGUUGAACGACAAGACACAUGAGCUGCACGGCCUACAACGCAAAGUCAAGGAGACCAACCAGGAACUGGAUAAACAAAAAUUAGUUGUCGAUCAGAAUAAAAGUGUAGAAGGAGCGUUGCUACGGCGUAGAUUAAUGUAA